GACAAAGACUACAGACUGAAGUAGAAAAUAGAGAAGAGCAGAUAGCAGCUAGAGAAAGGGAAAGAGACAGUCAGGCUGCUAGAGAAAGGGAAAGAGUUAAACAGGAAAAGAAAGAUAGAGCCGACGAAGAAAAAGCUAGGAAAGCUGCAGAAAAAGAAAAGAAAGCUAAUUUGUCAUUCAAACAGGUAAAAAGCCAGAAAAGAAAGGAAAAGAAAAGACAUUUAGCUGCCGUUGCUGAAGAAACAGAGAUAGACACUCAGGACAGCUCAGGAGAAAGUGAGGUAGAACUUGAGUUACAAGGAGCCAGAGGUAAGGGGGAGGAGUCUGACACAGAUCAUAGUGACGACACAGAACCUGCAGUCAGGCCAAAGAUGACACAGAGACGACCCCACACUGCAAGUAGCAAAACUCAGAGACGAGGUACAACUAGAAUGACACAUUCACAUCUGGAAAGACAUACAAGAUCGAAAACUAACAUUUUAGAGCCCCCUCUAAACAUUACAUCCACCUCAAUAAAUGCUCCAAAAAUCAUGGUUGGCAACACAGCUGUCUGCAAACCAUGGACUCCUGCUGAGAUAGUUGGAAUGACACAAAAUGCCCCCAAUCCGACCACAAACCCAGAUGAAUACUGGGGAUGGUUAAGAUAUGUAUGCUCUGUGUAUAACUGUCUGAUACCUGAUGUUGAACAAUUACUUGCUGGCUCAUACAGAACGGAGUGGGAUUUGUGCAAAGGUGAAUUUCUUUUGCGUAAAGGUUGUAAAGUUGACGCGGAGUCUGGCUUGUGGCUCCACCCUGAUGGUCGACCGGUUUGCCCUCGAGCUCUCCUUCAUGUACUGGCACGUGUGACGCAUGGUCCAGCGCAUGUUGGAAGAGGGGUGAUGAAUGAUGUUAUUCGCUCACAGUGGUUUGCUCCAGGCAUUACUCAAGUUUCACAAACACUUGUGGAUAGUUGUAUGAUAUGUCAACAGACCAGAAAAAAGAAUAGCACAGUGAAACAUGACCACUUAGAACCCCCAUCAGGUCCUUUUGUAAAUAUGCAAAUAGAUUUUGUACAUAUGCCAAGCUCACAAGGCUUCAAAUACUUGCUAGUCAUAACCGACAGGUUCUCGAAGUGGGUAGAAGCUUUUGCAACGAAAAAAGAAGAUGCAAGAACAGUUGUAAAGUGUCUGCUAAAAGAGGUAAUCCCUAGGUACGGAGUGCCGCAGGGAAUAGAUAGCGACAGAGGUCCAGCUUUUGUGUCAAAAAUCACUCAGGGACUGUCAGAAAUCUUAGGAUUUAAGUGGCAGUUACAUGUUCCUUAUCAUCCACAGAGUUCAGGUCAAGUUGAGAGAAUGAAUGCAACUAUCAAAGACAGAUUGACCAAAACAGUCCUAGCCACAGGCCUGAAAUGGCCUGAUGCACUGCCGAUUGUGCUGUACUCCAUUCGGAGUGCACCAAGUGCAACUACAGGACUGAGUCCUCACGAGGUGCUGAUGGGAAGACCAAUGUCCACAGGGACAAGUCCCCCACUGACACCACACAAAGCUACUCUGCUUUGGACGGAUGAGUUCAUGACUGAGUAUGUGAAAAGACUAACAGAGAUUUUGAGAAAGUAUCAUUUACAGGUGGCUGACAGACUCCCCAAACCAUCGGAAGAACCAAUUCAUUCCUUUCGAGAAGGUGACCUGGUAUUAAUCAAAUCUCUGGAAAAAGUGUCUUUGUCUCCUAGGUGGAAAGGUCCAUACCAGGUGCUGCUGACUACUAGGACGGCCCUGAAGGUCGAAGGCAGAGCAGAAUGGAUCCACGCCACAAGGUGCAGACUGGCCCCCCCAACCACUGGCGGAGGAGAGCAGAGCCCUGGCAGGUAACCGGAUGGUUACUCCUUUUUUCUCUCCUGUUUAGUAGGUCCGGGCAGGGGACAGGUCAAGUCGGUCCAAAUGAGAGAGAGACAGGAGUCUCUCUGAUUCCAGGCGAAGGAGAGCGGAAAGGCUUUCCUUCUCAUGACACAGUCGGUGCCAUGAACCCAGUGCCCCAUGGACAGGGGCGCCCUUUGCAGAAUGAUCCAGAAAAUGCAGACCAAGAGCCAGAUCUUGGACAUACGGACAAAUCAAUGAGCCCAUUGGGACUCUACAACACUAUGGCGGUGGUCUACAUAUGAUAAAACACUGUUUGAGACGAAGCAGAGUUCAUCCACGUCGACGAAGAUCUUGGAGUGCAAAUUUCCAGGAGAAGGGGGGAGAACUGGUAAGCUGUAAGUUCAUGGAGAAUGAUGAUUACCCCUGGAGUGGUUACUUUGCAUCCACUAACACAAUUGCUCCAACUAAAUCUGAACCAAGGGUGCAAAACAAAUUACUGCGUAGCGCUCAGCAACCAGUAGUGCGAAAAGAAAAUUCAGCCCUUAGUCUUAUGCUUGAUUAUGCGCGUGAUCGUAAUCUCAGUAAGUGUUGGCUAUGUCAAAAUAUGCCAGCUUCAAUACAUUCUCCAAUGUCUAAUCCAAUUCCAUUCACCAAAGCUGAUUAUGAGACGUUCAAUUGGAAUGAUCUUGCUUCAAGAUUUAGAGAAGAAACAGACGAUUGCUAUACUCCAACAUAUCCUGUGGAUGUUAAGUCAUCACAAAAUACAGAUAUUGCUCUAUACGUUGCAAGAACGGUAAAUGACAAAUAUCUGCCAAGCGGAUUUAAUUUCACCACUCUUCUCCGCAUCAUUCACAUACAAAGAUAUGUGAAACUAGGCUUUGAGUACAGAGUUCAGGUUGCUCUAGCUCAAACUAACUGUUCAAAACCUUCUGAAAAUCAAGUGUGUGUUCCCCAACCAUAUACAACCACUGCUAUGGCUGAAGCUCUAGUUUAUGUGCAACCAUGGGCUGGCACCUUAUCCAUAGGGCCAGUCAAGAUUCAGUUACGCAACUGUUCGGCGCCACAACAAAACGAGCAAAGACCUCAGCGUGACUGCUCAACUUAUCUUCCCCCUGUCUUCACUCAUGAGCUACAAAAUGUUUCUUUAUGUUUCAGAGGGAUAGGGAAGGGACAUGAAGACUUAGGACAAAGUAGCUGUAACACUGUGGUAGAUGUCACUCUUAAACAGUCCCCACUGCCUGAGAGAGUGUAUCUAGUUUGUGGUGACAGGGCCUAUCGGUGCGUGCCGUAUGAAGACUCACGCGGUGUCUGUUAUUUGGCGUACUUAAUUCCCCUAAUCAGAGAAGUAGAAUCUACUGAGAUAGCUUCACUGUAUCCACCGUUACACAUAUACAAGAGAGAAAUCUCAUCAACUCAGAAAGUAGCCAGCUUCCUUCUCCCUUGGUAUGGUGUGUAUGUGUCCCAGCAAGAGCUCUCAUCUCUCUCCAAAGUCCUGGAAAAUCAUCUUAAUGCCUCAAGCAGAGCUAUGUUAGCCGAACACAAAGAGUUGCAGGAAGUCAAAACAGUAGCUCUACAGAAUCGCAUGGCUCUUGAUCUCCUGUUAGCGGCUCAAGGAGGAACUUGUAAGCUCAUAGGCUCUGAAUGUUGUUCCUACAUCUCUGAUGCAACUGCUGACGUCAUGGACAUGGCACAUGACACAGCACUGGGUAUCAAAGAAUUGCAUGAUAGUCAUGGUUUUAACCUUGGUGAUUUUUCAGGUGUCUUUGGGUCAUGGGGGUCCGGAUUGGUCAGGUUCCUGACCACUCUUGCUGUUGCUGUCUUCCUUUUCAUCCUCCUCUGCUCAUGUGUAGGUUUGAUAAUCAAGCUGGUAGUGAAAAAGACCACAGGGUCUGUACUCCAAGCAGCCCAGGUGCAUGUCACUGGAAACACUGCAGAUCAUAAUCACACAGGUUUGAGGUAUUAUGAUUUUGAAACUUUCCAGGACUGGAUGAGGCGUUUUCACCCAGGUAUCAUUUCAGAUGAGGAGGAGGAAACUCAAAAUCUAGGAUCACUCCAGGAGGAUGGAUUCCACAUCACCAUGCAUCGUAUGUGCUAGUAACCUCUCCAUGGUGAUGGCCCUCUACUGUACGCAAAGUGCAUGGGUUGAAGACUUCACUUUGUGAUUGAUUUGUUUUAUUGUUAUGAUGUAAUCAAAUGUUUGUAUGACUCCCCUUUAAGUUGCUAGGAUUUCAUCUAGUAAGAGGCAGGAAGUGUCUUGUCUUAGGUUGUUUGCGCAUGUGACUGGUGACCUCUGUCAAUGACCUCCUUUAACGCUUUGGUGUUCUAGGAGAUCUUCUUUGAGGAUUUGCCUCACUACUGCCCCUGGUGGUUGGAAGACAGAACUCAUGGGUCACAUGACAGUUGUUUUAAAGGGGUACAUAAGAGGGGUUUUUUUUAUCUAAUUUACUGAUUGUUUGCUUUUAUUGUUAUUGCAUUAUGUGUUUAAAUGAUUAUGUGUUUUGAUGAUUUUACUUUUGAUUUUGUUCAAUGCAAUUGUUGAUUCUUGUAUUACUUUUGUGUGAGAAUUGUUAUCUGUUGUGCGGAUGUUGUUUCUACUCUGUUUGUGCCCUUACAGUCCACCAGUCCAGUCAUAAAUUGGUAAUUUGUAUUGAUCUUUUGAUCAAUAAGAGGGGAUUGUUAUGGAUAUUCCAUAACUGACCAGGACAACAGAAUGUCAAGCUGUACUCCUCUGUUCUCUCAAACAGAAGAUAACACAUGUUGUUUAAUAAAC